UCCACUUCCCAUUCCCCUUCCCCAUUUCAAAGAGGCAACAGAGAGGCAGAGGCAAAGGGGGUGAGGUGGAGUGAGCAAGGCGGACGCAGGAUCCUCUGGAUCCGAUUCCCCACACCCGAGAGACGGUGGAGACGGCGGAGGUGGCGGGGACGACGAUGGCGGAAGCGACCAAGAAGGCUGAGAUGAAGAAGAAGGCGGAGCUCGUGAAGAUGGCGGACGGGUCGGAGACGACGAAGGUGGCGGCAGUCUCGGCGAGCAUGUCACCCGGGAAGCGCGGCCACAACGCGCGUACUCAAGCGCGUAACUCCCGCGGCCAGUCCGCACGCAUCGCGUACCUCGUGGACUCCGACGACUCCGGCCACCAUGUGGAUCCGCCAAAGGAGCGCACCAGGCAGGCUUCUAGGGUUGGAAAGAUGAAGGCGGCGGCCACAAGCACGAAGGGAGCCAAAGGAGCAUCGUCCAGUGCACCGAAGAAGAGGGUUUCGGUUUCCCCCAAACCGAUGUCCAAGAGUAUGUUGUCAGCAGCGAAGAGGAGGAGCAUUCUGAGACCUAUGACACUGAAGACCCUUCUGAUGUUUCUGGACGUUCGGGACUACGUGCUGCAAUUGAUUCUGCUAAGGAGGAUAUGAUUAUCUCGAUCGACUACUAUGCUGACAAGUAUGUGGCCAGGGCUAAGCGCUAUGCCAAUAACGCUAUGGAGGCGCUGUACCAGGAUGUGGAGAAGAAGUACUAGCCGAAGAACUGAACUGCACGAUGGUGUUGGGAGUAAUCUUUUGGUGUCUUGUUGGUAGUGUAGCUUCUAUGUUAACCUGAACUUGUGUGUUCAGUUUCCUAAGUAUGUGUAUUUACCUAGCUGUAGUGCAUGCUGAUGGUGAACCUAUGCUCCACUGAAUGUCUGUUUAAUUAACUAAGUGUAGAGCAUGCUGAGAUGCUGUUAGCUAUCUAGAUGGAUGGAAGAACUGUUCUAGACUUGUGAACCA